AUGACUUCUGCCACUGUAGAAAACUUGAGCCAGGUUAUCGUUGCGAAAUAUCUUGCUAAGUACGGGUACGACGCUGCGCUUUCUAAUUUCUUGAAGGAAUCUGGGCUUGCCAGAUCCGCCGUGGAUCUGAAUAACGAUGCCUUUGAGGAGCUAGAAACUAUUGUUGGCGAGCGAAUUGAGUUCAAUGAAUCCAAAAUGGCUGCAAAACUUGCGGAUUUGUCUCUCAACGAUUCCAUCCCCUCGCUCGAUCCCAAAUUCCGUUUAUCACCAUGGGACCACACCCUGAAGCUUGUGGCGGCCGAUAUGCCUGAAAAACCAGCUUCACUAGUUGUUGACUUGGCAUUCUCCGCAUCAUCAGAAUUAUCAGUCAGCACAGUGGACAGAAGCGUUUAUUUCUAUGAAUCCGAUCUAAACCUUAAAAAAAAGCUUAAGCUAACCUCCGGCGUAGUGAAAAGGUGCGGCACCAUAUUGCGUGACAAAAAAUCAUGGUUCUUUGUUUGUGGGAUGAAUGGUGCUCUCACAAUUUUCGAUGAAUCUUUCAAAACCCUGCUGGAACACCUGUUGCACUCACGCAUCGUCAAAUACAUCGACUUCUUCCACCUGGAAAGCGAAUCGAAAUGUUACUCCUUCAGUUGCGGUCUCGACAACUACGUCAAAGUUCAUCUCAUUGACCUUAAAACGUCCGAGACUGUUCUUCUAGACUCCCAAAAAUUGACCACACCAUGCACGUCUUUCCAAUUGGCGCAAACACCAGACCAACGACCCGUGUUGCUUUUGACACAGCAAGACCAUUCCCAACUGAUGAUCUAUACCCUAUGGGAUGACGUAUUGGUAGAGACCCACAAAUUGGCCAUGAACAACGCCAAAUUCACUUCGCAUUCCUUCAACGUCCAGUCCUCGUGCCUUUUGGAUUUUAAAGAGACAGCCUCAAUUCCCUACAAUUCUCUGAAUCCACAUCUGACAGUUGUAGAAGAGGGAGUUAUGAUGGCUAUUGCUACUUCUCACACGCCUUACAUGAGACUGAUAUUAUUGGAAAUACCAGGCGUACCUACUUCCAAACCUCCAUCUGAAUCCGCGACUCGAAUUCAUUACGAUAAAAUUCUCAGAAACAUUGCCACAGUUGUUCCCCAGGACUCGUUCUCGCAGUCGAUCUUGAAAACCUGUCAUAGUUCUAAAGGUUUAAUUGUUGGUAAUGAUUCCGGUGUUUUUGCCAUUGAUCUCGCCAACAGUGAUUCGUGGUCAUUAUUUCAACAAGCACGAAGAGUUAAAGCAUUGGACACAUCCCAGAACCGGUUGACCAUAGCUUACGCUGACACUGGACUUGACAUUUUUCACUGGCGCCAAUAG